UGAAUUGUUUAUUUUACUCUUUGUAGUUGUUGUUUUCAAUGUAUUGUAAAUUGUUACAUUGUUGUUUAUUAUGAUGUAUAAAAUAACUAUUUCAUUUUUAUGAUAUACGUUUAUUUUUAUGUUUGAAAUAAGAUAUUCAUACUAUGUAUAAAAUGGGAACGAAAAUUUGUCCAGGGAAAUUACAAAAGCCUUAUCAAUUACAUAGAGCUAACAGUGGUUUAAUUCAAUUUGAAAUGAUUUAUACAAGAGGUAAUAAUGACCCAGCAUCUCCUCUCAUAACUCUUAUUUCUAAAGAGUGUCCACACAAUGAAGUAUACUCGAUUAAUUUAAAUUACUACUCUGGUAAAAUUUGCUUAAAAAUAUCACAAAAGGACAUUAAUAUUCAAAUGCCCAGGUUUUUGAUUCCAAUUAGAAGUCAAGAAUUUUGGUUAUCUUGGUAUAAUAAUGAACUUUGCAUGGGCUUAAAAAACGAAUCACCUUUUUUAGUACAUCCAGAUAAUUCCAAUGGAAAGAGUAUUGGAUUUAUAAAACUACAAGUAUCUACAAAAAUUGACUGGGUUAUAAAAUCUCCUCCAGUUGCAAUUAGGCCCUUGAAAUAUAAACAUAUUGAAGGUGGAACAUUACAUUGGGCUAAAAUUUCUAACAACAAACUACCACCUGGUGCUUUGAUUGGUGGAUAUGAAAAUGAACCAAUAUAUAUCGCUCGGGCAAAACACAAUGGAUCAUUAUGCCCUGGCAAGUAUGUACCAUCUCAGCAAUCUGCUUAUAUUUCUUGGGGAUUUCAAGAACAUAAGAAACAAGAUUUUGAGAUUCUUUGUGGUUAUAAUGCAAUAUGGAUGAAAUGUAAAGAAAAUUAUGUACCAGAAAAUGCUUUUGUUGCUGGAAACUCAGAAGUAUAUGGUGAACAUCUGUAUAUAGGCAGAGCGAUGAUUGAUACAGAUCUUGUUGUUGGCAAAGUGCACAUGUUGUAUAAAACAUGCUACCUUCCAUACAAAGGUUCGGAAGUUGAGAGACAGACAUAUGAAAUGUUAGUAAAAGGUGACAUGGCUGAACGUGGAGUUAUGUGCAUUAAUAAAUGUCAAAUGAACCCCAUGAAAGCCAUACAACUAUGUAUUUAACUAUCUAUUGUAUU